AUGUCAAAUGAAGAAGAAAACUUGAGAGUCGACGUAAUGCAAAUUUCUAUCUCAAUUAUGCUUUCAAUUCCUUUUCCCUCGACUUCUUGUUGUGCAACGGAUGGAAAUGAUAAAAAUAAAAUAUCUGAGAGCAUUGAUGAUACGAUAAACAAAUGGAAUUAUGAAACACGAAAAACAUCAACCCAGAGAACUCACGGACUUGAAGGUUGCCUGGGAAUUGCUUAG